AUGCGGGAACUAUUUCUUUGUGCCUUGCUGGGAUUAGCAACUGCCAGAGAGAAUGACUGGCAGCCAAUUGUUCCGGAAUCACCGUUACUGUAUACAAGCUUCUCGAAACCCGAAAGAGCUUUAGAUUCUAGUUUGUUAAAGAUCGUGAACCGAAGACCAGUCCUACGACCGUCUUAUAGCAGCAAGCCAAACCCUUAUAGCUCAGCGCCAGCUCCGGCAACUGAUUCUUGCAGCGUGUAUAAAGUUUCCAUGAACCAAGAAUUACUCUACCAGUAUGUAGAAUACGAGGCAAAUCUGCCAGAUUUAAAAGAAUUUACCUUAUGUAUGUGGAGCAAGUUCCAUAAUCAUAGCGAUGAUCAUCCACUAUUCUCAUAUUCUGUGGGAACUAAUCCAAAGGAAAUAUCGUCCUGGAUAUCAAACACAAAAGAGGCUAGCUAUUUCAGUAUGGCGGUGCACGGACAGACAUUCUUCAGGCUAAAUUACCCUUUGAAGCUUAAUACUUGGUAUCACUCUUGCCAGUCAUGGAACGGUAAAACAGGAGAAUGGCAGGUGUGGGUGAAUGCUGAGAGAGUAGGCAGAGGUUUUCAUAAUCGACUCGUUGGUCAUGUAAUCAAAGGAGGCGGAACUAGUAUAACUGGACAAGAACAAUCUCUUCUGUACAAAAAAGAUGGCGCUCAACCUAUAAUAAAACAAUCCGGAUUGAUUGGGGAAGUUACUAUGCUUCAAUUGUACCACGUCGCUUUAACAGCGGGAAAAGCCCACAGGGACCACAAGCAUCACCACGUCCAUCACUUUAAGCACGACGGAACUCCAUUGGAAAGUACAUCUGAGCCAGGUACAGAAGCACCUGAACCUCCAGCAAUUCCCAUUGGCAACGGCAACUAUUUAAUCGGAGGUCAAUUGCAAAGACCUGCUGAUCUAAAUUUGGCUCAACCUCAACAAAUGGUGCCGGCUAAACUGGCCAAUGGUCUACAGUUUCAACAAGAGUAUGUCAAUGGACAGCUAGGAAACAGAAUAGUUUCAGAGCAAUUACUCAACAGUGUGCAAUCUUUGCAAACCAACCAAAUUUAUGGAGCUAGUAAUAAACAGUCAUCCUUCCUUGCCUUACCAAUAUCGACAUCAGUUGGUCAAAGUCAAAGAAAUCCAACAAGAACCUUUGGGCCAGCGAAAGGUACUACGGUUCUUCUGUCAGGAUCUCUCAUUAAUCCUGCUAAUGUUCAAUAUAUCGACGAUAUAAAUAAUUCGCAUAAUCUCUAUAAAAGGGAUUCGAAGAAACGAGACAAAAGAGAUAAUCCAGAAAAAGAAGUAUCUGAUGAAUUAAGGAUGGGCAAAAAAGACAAACGAGGACUCGUUUCUCUGUCCGACGGAUCCAUUGUCGACGAAGCACUACUGAGUCCAGAUCUUUUUGAUACUAAAGAAGACGAAAUUCUCUUCCAAUUAUCACUUCAGAAUGGUUUAGCUGGUGUUGUAGGAAAUCAACCCGUACAAAACUUACAAAGGAUGAACGUCGAUGAAAGAGAACCUGCAGAAGCAGAAGUUAAAGCAGUAAUGGAAGUAUGCAGUGGUUGCACACCAGAACCUUUCAAGAAAGCGCUUAUUUUGUCCUGGAGAAAUACACCCAAGAAACUCUACAGUGGGGCACAUUAUUACAAAGGGUUACCGAUUUGUCGAGCAUUCUAA